UCAUCGUCUUCAUCAUCAUCGUCCUCCUCCUCUUCAUUCUCGUGUGUUGGUCCUAACCGGAUCAGCAUUGAAGUGCACUGUGAGUGCACACGCGCGCAUACACACACGCACACACGCUUCAGGCUGGGUGGAUGCUGCUCGGGCACCAUGGAGCAAAAAGCAGCCAAGGAUGAAGGCACGUCCAGGGGACAAGAGUCCUACCAGCGGCGGAUGUGGAAGACUUUCCAGGAGAAAACCAAACCGUGGCUCAGUCCCAAAUUGGGCUCGGAGCGUCGCGCUAGCGGCGGAGCAGAAAGCGCCAAGAAGGAGUCCGGACUGUGGAUGUUCAAGAGGAAAAAGAAACACUUGGACCGAGUGUUCUCGUCCUCGCAGCCCAAUCUGCGCUGCUCCUCUCCGCUGCUGUCACUCGGGAGCGGGGGGGACAAGCGCGGCGGCGGAGGCGACGCCGCGGCCGGGACCAGCCAAGGAGCCGAGGGGCUUCAUCUCGGCGCGGCUUCCGGGAGCACGGGGAGCAAGCCCGAGCUGACGGCCCGCGGAAGCCCCAAGGUGCACGUCUCGCAGCUCGUCGCGUCCCAGCAGAAGAGCUCCUCGCUGGGCUCGGCGUGUUUCGAGAAGCUGGUGGUGGACCCGGCCGUGGUCCUGCAGGAAGAGGGGCAGCUGCGGAAGAAGCCGAGUGAUGCUGUGAGUACAACUCCAUUGCUGUACUUAACAUGAAAUGUCAACGAUCGUGCAUAUUGCAUUUGACCUGAAUAUGCAAUUACACGUUUCGUGAUGAUGAUGGUGAUGCAGAGUGCUUACUCCAUGCAUG